CUGCUCUCAUGACACUGUGCACGAACUUGAUUCUUUGCUCUUCAUUUCAUCUGUCGCAAAUCUGUAUAUUGAUAUAUAGCUUUGCUGCGCAAAUAAGACUACCACCCGAUAAUACUCAACAUGGUUCGAAGGGCUGAUACAGAUGCGCCAUCAGCUCAGUUAAGAGCAGAGUUAGAAGCGGCCGUUACGAGAACAACAGAGAGCGCUCACCAGCCACUGCUCAUGCAUUUAAAUGCAGAUACGAGCUGGCUCCUUCAGAUACCGUAUCCGACUGGAGUCAAGCAUCGAGAAGGACGACAAUACUUUAAUAUACUCAUUGACCCCUGGCUGGCUGGGCCGCAAAGCGAUGUGGCAAGCUGGUUUAGCCAGCAAUGGCAUUCUACUGAGAGCAAAUACAAGAGCAUCAAAGAAGUGGAAGAGCUUGCAUUGGAGAUGGAGCAGCGAGCGUUCUUGAUGAGCUCAUCAACAUCGUCGUCGUCAAGGCGCCAACGCCGAUCGCCACCUUCGAAUAUAUUGUGCAAAACUCGCAUAGAUGCCGUUGUUAUAUCCCAUGAGUUUAGCGAUCAUUGUCACAAGGAUACGUUACUUGAGGUGGACUCCUCAGUUCCCGUUUUCGCAACGGAAAAAGCAGCUAGACUCGUCAAAUCAUACAAUCACUUUGAUACUGUUCGAGAGGUCCCAAAUUUUUCUGGCGGAAAGUGGCAUUGGCCUGCGGUCCUAGAUCCACUUCCAAAAUGGCUAUCGAUUUGGAAAGUCUACUCUCAGACAGACGCACUGUAUUACCACACCGCCAUCUUAAUAUCGUUCAAAGCGGACACUCUGAAAGACGGACACAGUAGACCCUCUCACGUCACUCGCGGGAUAGUGUACACACCACACGGCGUUGAGCAUGAGAAUGUCUCCGUGAUUGCGGAUGCUCUCCCGCGUAUUGAGACUCUAGCACUGCUGCAUGGGCUACAUGAUGUGUCUAUUGCAAACCGCGGUCAACUCAAUCUCGGUGCUCAUAAUGGGCUCAAGGUACAAAGAGCUCUUUGUCCUAGAUACUGGGUUGGCACGCACGAUGAAGUAAAAACUGGAGCGGGUCUGGUAAGUUUCUUCCUCCGGCGAAAAGCCCUGACUGUGCAGGAUGCUCUAAAGCAAGAACAAGAAGAAAAGGAGAGUAACCUCAAAUCCAGCGAUGGGGCCUCCUAUUUGGAAGAUUUUGAAGGCGUCCAUUUUGAGCAACUGGGUAAUGGAGACAGCAUUGUGCUUGAAGCCGGUUAAUCGGAGGCGGUAAAUAGGAUUUAAAUGUUUGUUGGGACAUAAUGUGCCACAAUUUUCUCCAUUUUCUCCGUAGUACUUACCCUCUAUAAGGAACAUGAGCUACCUACCUUAGCAAGGCUUUAGAUCUGCCUACCUUAGGUAGCUGCCUCAUUCUACCAUCAAUCCAUAUUCCAUGUCAUUACCGCAGUAGUUUUAUCAAGGCUUUGAUUACUAGAAGUAGAAAAUGUAGACAGUAGCUCUGCAUUCUUAUAAAGAAUUUAGAGGGCUGCUUUUAGUUAGCGGGCACUAAAAUCCGAACUACAAUAUAUAGUAGAAGGACUCCCGAGUCACAACUUACCUAACCUACUAGGUAGUAAACAACCCCAAAAAGAAUACACGU